CCUGUGUUCACUCAUCCGUUUUGUUUAAUCAUCAGUCCGCCUGACUCCACAAGGCUCCUUAGUGAGCAGCCGGUGGGAGAAGAGAAUGAAGACCCACAGGAUUCACUGGAUGAAUGUUAUUUGACUAGUUCAGUUGGCCAUGACCUGUCAGACUCCUGUAGGCCUUACAGAGGUGUCUCAUUCCCAUGGGACCAACAGAGAGUCUUCUCAGCGCUUGUUGUAGAUGGUGACUCCUGGGAGGACCGUCCCCAAGGGCCUUUGAGUUUCCAAGGGUCAGAGAUGCAAGCUUCACAAGCACAACUGCAGACAAGCUCCCAGGUGACCCAUCACCUGCAGCUGCAGCGGGACCAGCAGUUUGACUGUGGUGACGGCAACGCCAGGCUCGGCCUUUCCUCCACCGUGUGGGGCUUCACAGCCAACACUGAGUUUGGAGACCAAUGGCCGCCCCUCCAAGAGCUGGGUUUGGAUGCUUCCAUUGGAAUGAAGAACCCCCCCAAGGGGGAGGGUGAGGGCUCAGCUGCCAGCCAGCAUGAGUGUCAAGUCUCUAGCAACAGCAAUGCCUCCAGUGUCCUGAAACAGAAGAUUCUGCGAAGAAAAGUGCUGCGCAGCAAGUGGAGAAUUGCAUGCAGAUUCCCUGGCCUUCAAGCUUAGGGGACAGAGCCAGCCUCGGGCUCGACCUUCAGCUCCUCCUAUCAAGACGAUCCCGGGCUGCUCUUGCCUCUUCCAAACAUGUGGUCAUCCCCCCAGGCGCAGCCAUCAACAGAACCCAACAGAGACCCACAUUUGAUCCCUCUGUCUAUCUCCUUGUCCCUCUAUCUCUCCUCUGUCUCUGUAUCUCUCCUCUGUCUCUCUUUCACAGCUACCCAGUAUUUUAGCUACUCUAAACAGAUAUUCCAAUUUGGAAGAAACCGCAUCAUCAAAUUUAUUUUUCCUACUAGAUGCAAAAAGUCUACGGCAUGAAAUCAAGUUCAAGUCCACACAGAACACUGCAGGGAUCCUUUCCUGAGAAUCAUCAUCACAACCACCAGCCCCAUCCCAUGAUUAUUAUUGCAAAACACUGAUUUGAUGGGAGAACUCCCAGGCAUCAGUCUCCAAACGUUACCCAUUGAAAAGGAGACCAGCGCUUUGAUGGAUACUCAGCUUUGAGAGACCGUAAUGCUCACUGCUCUCAAUUGCCAUCCUGUUCACACUGGCAUCUGGAGCAGGUGGAAGAAGGCAACAUGUCAGCCUGGACAUUCUCUGCCACCAGAUGGGCUGUGCUCGGUGCAGCCGGCUUUGAACAUGCAGUGUCCGUGCUGAACAGGUUUCGUUCGAGUUUCAUCACAAGGAAGUUAUCAGACAACUGUAGAAUCUAGACCAUUGAACAGGACAACUGGCCUGUCUUUUUCAAGCUGCCAAUGCCUCCACAAAUGGGAUCACAGAAAGGAGAAGAGUUAUUUUGGGUUCCAAAGAACUAAAGAGAUUGUGCUACUAUAUUUCUUUAGUUCUUUUGAGCCCAAAACCUCUCCUCACCUUACUGUGUUUGUCUUUAAUGGUGGUGACAUUGACUUGUUUGCAGAGGACAGGUCAGUUGUCUGGCUCAGAAGUCUACAUUCUGCAGUUGUCUGACCCUUCCUCAUGAUGAAACUCGGGCCUAGCCUUCUGCCAAGGGCACCACAUUGUGCACACUGUGUGCUUCCUAGCACAGCCCCUCUGGAGAUGAAGAAUGUCCACUUUGCCUUUCACCACUCUUGUCAUCUUAGCAUUGAACAUUUGGCUAUAGAGGGAGGAGCCCGUGAGAUCCGUACAUUGGAACACACGUUUUUCUGUCUAGAAUCAGUCAUUUGACGAGUAGCUCUUCGAGAG